AUAUCUUAAUGGUAUUUUGCUCAUUUGCAGGUAAUGUUAGCCUGGGUUACUCGUAUAAAGUACACAGUAGGUAUGUAUCUGAAUAUAAAUACAGCUUACAGAGUGACUAGAUAGUGGAUUUAAAUACAGGUCCAGGGGUGAACUGGGACUGGGAUGCUGCCACACACACCAAAAAAAUCAUGGAGAUUUUUCUUUGAUGUGAGGGUGAGUGAGUGGGUAGAUUUGAAGCUGACAGUACAAAGGACAAAAACAAAGAUAUUUGAUAUACAUGAAAGGAAAGGUUAGAGGAAUGCAGGCAAGGGCGCAAGUGCAGGUAGACAGGUCUUUAAAAAUCUAGGCACUCAAAACAACACUGUAAUCCAGAAACAAGGUACAAGUACAAAAAAGGUCAGGAAAUCAACAAAUAACAUUAAUUAGAUGAAACAAAAGCAGGACAAGAAAACAAAAAACAGGGACCACAAGGAAAUCAGGUAUCAAAAGGCUUCAUAAUGACAGGUGAAAUAUAACACAGAGAAUAUCUUGAAAAAUUAGAGUGCUUAGAUGCUGUUUAUAUUGUGUGAGGGUGUUUGAGUCCAUAAGCGAGUGAAAUAAGCAGUUAAGUGAAUGUAAAUGUGUCUAUAAUGAAUGUGCAUUGUGGUCAUUGCCAACAUGAUGUAGACAUGGCAGAGGUUGAGCAUGAAUUACAGAAAAUUACAUGAAAAUACUAGGGGAUGAUAGUCCAAUUUCAGACUCAGGGAGGUGCAAUAGGUUCUCCAUGAAGUCUUGCCACCUUUCUCCUGAGGUGAAUUUGGCCCUCCAGUCUCUCACAAUGGAGACUGUCUUCUGGAAUGCCAAUGUACCUGAAGACAGAAAUGAAAAUGAGACAUGCCCUAUCAAAAGUUGAUUUUAGACUGGGGAAAGGUAUUAAGUGGAGAGACAUGAGAAAUCUAUCUAUACUUACUGGAACACCGUGUUUUUUCUGUCAAGUGAGAGCAUGAUAUUUAAGGUGUUGUUAGUGGUAUGAGUUUUCAUCACUGGCAGGGUGCAAGGUAUGUUAGCACUUUAGUACUUUAUUACAUUUUAGCAAAUUUAGGAAUGUCUUAAUAUACACCGACCAGGCAUAAGUUUAUGGCCACCCGUCAGACAUAACAUUAUGACCACCUGCUUAAUAUUGUGUUGGUCCCCCUUUUGCUGCAAAAACAGUUCUGAUCCAUCAAGCAUUAACAGCAUUAACUUUCUGAGCAAUUCCAGCUACAGUAGCCUGCCUGUUGGAUUGGACCACACCGGCCAGCCUUUGCUUCCCACGUGCAUCAAUGAGCCUUGGUUGCCCAUGGCACUGUUGCUGGUUCACCACUGCUUCUUUCUUAAACCGGUUUUGAUAGAUAUUGACCACUGCAGACAAGGAACACCCCUCAAGAGUUGCAGUUUUAGAGAUGCUCUGACCCAGUCGUCUAGUCAUCCCAAUUUAGCCCUUCUUAAACUCACUCAAAACUUGUCCAUUUAUCCUGCUUCUAACACAUCAACUUUAAGGACAAAAUGUUCACUUGCUGCAUAAUAUAUCCCACCCACUAACAGGGGUCAUGAUGAAAAAAUAAUCAGUGUUAUUAACUUCACGGCUCAUAAUGUUAUGCCUGGUCAGUUUACGUAUUUUUCCAGAAUUCACCAUUAUUUUCCUUGGAAAAUUUGUUGCAUCGUGUGAGUGCCGAGGUGCCCCAUGGCAGAGUAUGGGCUAGGGUGAUUAGCUUGUCAUGAAACGCUGAUGGUAAGAACCUUCUCCCAACUAGGCACUGCUUGGGGAUUCUUACAGCUGAAGCACUCUCAAUCUCCUUGUCAAGCUUCCAGAGGAGUCAAUUUACUGUUACACACCACACAAUUUCACACGUGACCAGGCCCUCUAUGCCAGAGGUUACUGCUGGACAGAGCUACGUGAUGCUAUCCCCGGCGUGGAUCCUGAACUCCGUCCUUCUCUUUUUGAGCAUAAGUUCCUGCCCUAUGCUCUGCUUGCAUUUGCUGGAAUCAUGUAUAUUCCAGCAUUAGGGUGGGAGUUUCUUGCAUCCACACGCCUUACCUCUGAACUCAACUUUCUCCUUCAAGAGAUUGACAACUGCUACCACCGUGCAGCUGAAGGUAGAGCGCCCAAGAUUGAGAAGCAGAUCCAGUCCAAAGGGCCUGGGAUAAGUGAACGUGAGCGGCGUGAGAUUAUCGAGAAUGCAGAGAAGGAGAAAAGCCCAGAGCAGAAUCUUUUUGAAAAAUAUUUAGAGCGGCGAGGGCAAAGUAACUUUCUAGCCAAGCUUUAUCUAGCCAGGCAUUUAGCCAUCAUUUGUCUUAGUUCCAUUCCCAUCACUUACCUGAGCACAUACUAUGCUCGGCAGCGACAAAAUGAGUUCACCUGCAUGCUGGGUGAGCCACCUGACAUCAGCAGCAUCCCUGAAUUGCGCCUCAAUGUGAACUGCAAACUGCCGGCUGUGCAGCUCCAGCGCAUUAUGGCUGCUGUGGACAUUUCACUACUCUGCACCGUGAACCUCAUCAUUUUAGUUAAUCUUUUGCAUCUGUUUGUGGUGCGCAAAUCCAACUUUGUUUUCGACAAGUUGCACAAAGUUGGCAUCAAGACUCGGCGGCGUUGGCAGAAGUCUCAGUUUUGCGAUAUCAACAUCCUGGCCAUGUUUUGUAAUGAAAACCGGGACCACAUCAAGUCUCUAAACAGGCUGGACUUCAUCACAAAUGAGAGUGACCUUAUGUAUGACAAUGUGGUGCGGCAGCUAUUGGCUGCAUUAGCACAGUCAAACCAUGAUGCCACACCGACUGUUAGAGACUCUGGAAUUCAGACAGUUGACCCCAACAUGGAUCCUUCUGUACUGGGGGUUGGAGAAAUAGAAGUAGAGACAGUUAUCAAAAGACCACGAAAAAAGAUGAAGUGGAUCCCUUCAUCUAACCCUCUUCCACAACCAUUUAAAGAACCUCUAACUCUGACCCGGUUGGAUAGCAGCAUGAAAGCAGAAAAACCUAAACCUGUGCGAAGGAAGACCGUAGCAGACACCAUCAUUGCUCCUAUACUAGACACCAAGAGCACACAGCAUCCUCCUAAGGUAUGUGUGAUGACCUGGGAAAACCCAUUGUAUGUUGCUUUUUCCAAGCUAAUAGAUGACAUUACUUUCAAAACCAACAACGGGACAGAGAAAAAGCACACUCGUAAUUUCUCCUUGGAUGUCCAUCCAUACAUGUCGACCAUCCAAAAGCCGAAAUCAGAAAUGAAUAAUCCCCAACCUCCAGCUGCUGACCAUCCUCUGGACACUACAAACAUCGAGGGCACACACACUGUAAUCCAUGUCUCCUCAACACUUACUGAAAAGAAUGACCCUCCUACUCAAUCCACCACCAGUGCAUUUUCCACCGUGACCCUGUCCACCACCUCUUAUAUGAAUGGAAGAACAUCUACUUUGCCUCCUUCUGAAUCACCUAAAACCAAUGAGCCUCUCAUAGCAAACCCAGAGCCUAUGAGUCAGCCUGCAUCCUACAGCUGUAACCCCUCACAUCCUCUGCUCAGCAUCCACCACACUCUCUAUGAAGAAGAGGAGGAGCAAGGCCACAGGGACAAACUCGUUGAAAGACCUGGUGAGCUAAUCGCUGCUGGAGAGUGCUGAAGGCACACAAACAGACAAGCACAUAUUCACACCUGUCAUCGUUUGACCUUAGCACCAAGCCAUGGAAGGGUAAAUUGUUCAUAACCACCUCACAUGAAGCAGCAGUCACACUGUUUCACCUACUGUGCUUAAGGUGGAAGCACUAAGGUCAGAAAUUUGUACCGUCUACCAGGGAGAGAGACAGUAAAUUGAUUGUACAUACAGGUUUUUUCGAAAAGAUCGUUCUUUGCAAGUAGACAACCAGUUCUAAUGAAGCAUAUCACUCAAGAUUCAGAGGCAAUUUCCCUGACUAAGUGCAAACACUGGUGCUCACUUGAAUGUUUUUCUGUGACAUUCCAAAUCUAAGUUUGGGUACAUCAAAUAACGAAUAAGUUCAAUUAGAAUUAUGUUGUGCUUUAUACGUCUCAGUGUACACAUCAAUGACAACUUUCCAAAUGAUUUUAUCCUCUGAAUAUAUUGUUUUGUGGAUUUCAGCAGGUAUCCAAUGCAAUAGAGCAUAUUUAUCUUUAAAUUAUGCAAAUGCACACAACCCUUGUUGCAAUAAUAUGCAUAUCUACAAAUUUUCA